AUGGAUUCGGAGUCGGAGACAGUUUGCGUGACCGGCGCGUCUGGUUUCAUCGGAUCAUGGCUAGUCAUGAGGCUCCUAGAGCGUGGUUACACUGUUCGAGCCACCGUACGCGACCCAGGGAAUCUCAAGAAGGUAAAGCAUUUGGUGGAAUUGCCCAAAGCAGAGACGCACCUAACACUUUGGAAGGCUGACCUGGCUGACGAAGGAAGCUUUGACGCCGCGAUUGACGGGAGCACCGGAGUGUUUCACGUGGCCACGCCUAUGGAUUUCGAGUCAAAAGACCCCGAGAAUGAAGUGAUAAAGCCAACGGUCAACGGCGUGUUAAGCAUCAUGAAAGCAUGCGUCCAAGCAAAAACCGUUCGCAGGCUUGUCUUCACAUCAUCCGCUGGAGCCCUUGACGUUUCAGAGCACCAAAGGCCAGUCUAUGAUGAAAGCUGCUGGAGUGAUGUUGAAUUCUGCAGGGCCAAAAAAAUGACUGGAUGGAUGUAUUUUGUGUCUAAGACACAGGCUGAGCAAGCCGCAUGGAAGUUUGCCAAAGAGAACAACUUGGACUUCGUCAGUGUGAUACCCCCUUUAGUGGUUGGACCAUUUCUCAUGCCCUCAAUGCCACCAAGUCUCAUUACCGCGCUGUCCCCUAUCACUGGGAAUGAAGCUCAUUAUUCGAUCAUAAAGCAAGGACAAUUUGUUCACUUGGAUGACCUUUGCAUGGGCCACAUUUAUCUAUUUGAGCACCCCAAGGCAGAGGGCAGGUAUCUUUGCUCCGCAUGCGAUGCUACCAUUCUUGAUGUUGCAAAAUUGCUCACAGAAAAAUUCCCAGAGUGCAAUGUCCCCACAAAAUUCAAGGGUGUGGACGAGAGCUUGGAGAUUAUCUCUUUCAAUUCAAAAAAGAUAAAAGAUUUGGGGUUUCAGUUCAAGUACAGCUUGGAGGACAUGUUUGUGGAAGCGGUCCAAACAUGCCGAGCCAAGGGAUUGCUUCCUCCGGCGGCUGAAAAAACUCUUUGACGGCACAAACUAAGGUUGUAAGUGUUGUACGUGUAACAUGUAUUCUGGUACUCAAAAUAAUGGUCUUUUAAAUCUCUUAUGAGAUCAGGGCUAUCUCCCGUUGUGAUCUCAAGGGGAGAAUUAAUUUCAGA